CCAACAUCUUGACUUUGCGACGACUUGGGAACUUGAAGUUGUACCUGCAAGCCAAUUGAAGCCCAACCAUCACCCUCCUAGACCCCCAGACCUCCUCUUUGUUGAUCCCAUUUCAGCAAAGAAACUCAACAUGGCUGAGCAGCUUGUUCUCAAGGGCACCCUCGAGGGCCACAAUGGCUGGGUCACCUCCCUCGCCACCUCCAUCGAGAACCCCAACAUGCUCCUGUCUGGUUCUCGUGACAAGACCCUGAUCAUCUGGAACCUCACCCGUGACGAGUCCCAGUACGGUUACCCCAAGCGAUCUCUGCACGGUCACUCCCACAUCGUCUCCGACUGUGUCAUCUCCUCCGACGGCGCUUACGCUCUGUCUGCCUCCUGGGACAAGACCCUGAGGCUCUGGGAGCUCGCCACCGGCACCACCACCCGCCGCUUCGUCGGCCACACCAACGACGUCCUGUCCGUGUCCUUCUCCGCCGACAACCGUCAGAUCGUCUCCGGUUCCCGUGACCGCUCCAUCAAGCUGUGGAACACCCUCGGUGACUGCAAGUUCACCAUCACCGACAAGGGCCACACCGAGUGGGUCUCCUGCGUCCGCUUCUCCCCCAACCCCCAGAACGCUGUCAUUGUCUCCUCUGGCUGGGACAAGCUCGUCAAGGUCUGGGAGCUCUCCACCUGCAAGCUGCAGACCGACCACAUCGGCCACACCGGCUACAUCAACACCGUCACCAUCUCCCCCGAUGGAUCUCUGUGUGCCUCCGGCGGCAAGGACGGUACCACCAUGCUGUGGGACCUUAACGAGUCCAAGCACCUCUACUCCCUGAACGCCAACGACGAGAUCCACGCCCUUGUCUUCUCCCCCAACCGAUACUGGCUCUGCGCCGCCACCUCCUCCUCCAUCAUCAUCUUCGACCUGGAGAAGAAGACCAAGGUCGACGAGCUGAAGCCCGACUUCGCCGCCACCGGCACCUCCAAGAAGUCCCGCGACCCCGAGUGUGUCUCCCUCGCCUGGUCCGCCGACGGCCAGACCCUGUUCGCCGGUUACACCGACAACAUCAUCCGUGCCUGGGGUGUCAUGUCCAGGGCCUAAGGGAUGUGCUCUGGAAGAAGGUCUGCGAUGGGUUCAAGAGGGGCGCCAUGGUUGUGUGUACCGGCGACUACCAGUGACCCAUUAAUUUAGGUCAGGAUUUAGUCUGCCGGCUUGAAUGACUUGACGGUUCAUGGUUGUGGGCGUACGGAAAAUUCUUGCCUCAUAUCUAGCCUUGUGAUCGGGCAACAAUAAGGGCACAAGAACCAGCGUGUUUUACGCCGCGGGGCUCCGCAUCAAAAUCAAGGCGUGGUCUGCAUCGCUGGGAGGGUGAAUGGCUAGAUACGUAUACUAUCAAGCCAAAAAUUUCCAAAAGGUUUACCAAAAUGUGCGGGACUCAGUGUCUUAGAUUGAAUGGUCAUUUGGAUGUGUGACAACUUUAGAGACCGUGUAACACGUUAAUGUGGAACAACGGUGUUACGACGGCUUCAAGUAUAAAGGUAGGACGCCCGGGCUUCUAAGAACAAAAGAGCUGUCGUAUGACACAAAAACGGACUGGAAUUGUUCGCUGCGGCGAGCCUCCAGGUCUGUGGCAUCAGCAGGGCCAGGAGUUCGACCAUGUGAUCGAGUCGGGAGAAACCAGACCCUCGUGACGGGACCAACGAGGUUGUACGAGCGUUCUGCUUCUUCCCUCACCCUCUCAUCAAUAACCCUGUGGUUGUCCUGGUCUAAUGUUUCGCUCAACUGAGACAUGCGUCUGCGAGCCGCUAGGAUCAAGGGAACGUUCCUUCUAUAGUGCUGCUGGCGUGUCUCAGUGCGACCUUUCCUUUCAUGUAAACACAUGUGCACGAGGGCGUCGUCGGCGCUAUUCGACUGGGAGCUGCGUCAGACAGGUCCAGGAUGUCAAAGCCAUCCAAGAUCAUCAUCGGCACAAAUGACACGCGCAUAUUUUUCCCUUGCAAUUGACAUCUUUGACAGGUCAGAUUCCUGUUCGGAGCCACUGGGCCUUCUGAUAAGAUUCAUGCUCAGGCCUGGCUGGCCCUUUGCCUUCAGUAUCUAAUAUCGAAUUAGUGUACCAGAACUUCCGAGGACUAUGCCCGGCUGAUAUACUCGAAUUGGCUUUGCUGACCCACCUUGCUUGGGUCCCUGGGGAAGAGGGCAUCCCUGACAUUUGGCCCACCACAUGACUCCGGACUAUGAGCUUGCAAGAAUGUACCAGAGAGAGCACGCGGCUUGUGACUGUGGGACGGAGUGUUUCGCAGACCUGCGUUUUAUUUAAUAGCAAGAUAGUCAUAACCAACCCGCAUCUAUGGGGAGGGAGUCCCCAGGCAAUCAAAGGCAAAUAAAUGUGGAAAUGGGGAGUCGAGAUAAAUCUGCUCCAGACUGGGAUCAAGAAGUGUCAGGUGGAGCUGUCCCUGUUCCAGAGAUGCUGUAGGGAAUUUGUAGAAAUCUCGACUCCAAGUAUCGUGAUAUUGCUGUGAUUUCUCUCAUAUCCAAAAGCAUCCACCGCGGGGUUAGAGAGAUAGAGUUGUGCAAACCGGGCCGACUGUGGAGAUACCCUGGCAAGGAAGAUGGACUCUGUCACUUCCACCAGGCCCAUGAGGCCCACAGGAUAAAUGUGCCGGACCUGAAGGCGAGUAUCGGUAGAGUCAGCCUAUUAGAUCGGGGAAUUUUUCGGAGUGUCCUGCCGGAGGCACUCCAGUUUGAUUGAAGCCUUGGAACUAAGUUGUGGGGGAUGUAUCUGAAGGAGGUGCUGCACAAGGAAGCGCGAUGUGUUGGGCGAAGCAGAAGCAAGAGCGUUACGACUACCAGGCCAAAGAACAUUGAGCCAACCAAAGGUUUUAGUGCCGGCUGUUUGGGCUGGAUUUGGGCUCGAUGGUAACUGCCGCUGCUCGGUCAACAGUCCAGAUGCCGGAAAUCCCGACCUCUCUUCCCCCCUCUCCCCCGACAGAAGCAUCUCGGGGCGAUGAACCCAUAGUCGUCAUUAUUCUCAAACAGACUGGAAGCACUAACAUGCGUGCUCGGAGCCCCAUUUCGGAGUGACCUGCUUGAUUGGCCGGUGCUUGGCUCGAUAUAUGAACAAUGACAGGGACCACACACGCGCAGUCACCGACUUGAGCCUCAUUCCAGUACCUUCACGUCGGACCCGGGCUCGCGGUAAGAUUGGGAGCGGCUCUCGAGGGCAGCAGCACUAGCUGCAACAGAGCACACGACCCAGGCUGGCAGGCCGUCAAACUCAACACCAGUGAGCAUGCCCGUCGGCUCGAGUAUAUCCUGGGGGGUUCUGCUAAGAACCCACCUGCCCUACCGGGAAGGAGAUCGUUAAGCUGGCGCAGACCCUAGAAGCCGGGCUCAAUGCGAUGUCCCAAGGCAAGGGUGUAAGGGUGUGAUCCUGCGCUGUACCGGGCAUGAUGUGCGGUCGCUGGCAAUCUCGGUAUGGGCGGAGUCGGCUCGGCGCCUGGCCCCGGCGCUUGUCACCGACGUCGUCCAAACUUCGUCCUAAUAUCUUGAGGCGACAUGCGCCAGAACAAUGGCAAAGGUGUCACAAGGAUGGAGAGCGGGACCGAGUACACUCACACGUGGCGGGACGCGAAGACUGCAGCGAGGGGAAUGCGGCAGCCGUGGUAGUUGCGCGUCGGGCACGCAGGCGAGAUUUGUGAUGGGGACCCGAACGUUUGGACGAGAUGAUCAUCAUCACACAGGCAGAUGCUCAUCUCGAGAGUCGACGUAGCUGUGACGCCGUUUCGCACGCUGCUGUGUAAUGCCGUACGACACUGAAGUCACACGCGCAGGGGCUGUGAAAAAAAGGAAGAAAAAAGAAGAAAGAUCUGAUUUGCAGUGCUCUCUCACCGCUGCUGGUAGUACUCAAGUACUGUAGAAGCAAUGUUGAUGUGAGACACACAGUCGGGUUCGAGUAACCAUGAUGGCCCGUGUGCUUGUGACGCCAGAGAGCAACGGUGACAUUGGGGCAUAUUCCGUCUUGAGAGUUUCAAAGAGUCAUCUAGGUGAGAUGAGAUCAUCAGGUAGCAUGGUGCCUUUGAAAGGUCAUUGACGGAAAAUGAGAGGGUCUGUAUGUGAAACACGAGGGUUGUAUGCCCGAUCUGUGUGCCUCGGCCCGGGUG